GGACACAAGGACUGCUGAGUGACUGUAUGCAUGCUUCCAGUCCUGAUGGACUCUUGCUCGCCAGCACACUAGACGGGAACUUGCACGCUCUUGAUGCUAACACUGGCACCAUCAAGUGGACUCUUCAAGAUGAUCCUGUGGUGAAGAAUCCAAAAGAAUCAUCGAAGUCAUCCAUAGCCCAGUUUUUUCCCAACCCCCGUGAUGGUUCCCUAUACCGCUACACUCUUGGCACGUCAGAACAUCCUCUGAAGAAACUACCCUUCACCAUCCCUCAACUGGUGGAGAACUCGCCUUGUCGCAGCACAGAUGGGCUCUUUUACCUUGGGAAGAAGGUGGACUCGUUCACUGUGGUGCACCGGUCGACGGGAGACAAGCAGUUGGUGUUGGGCAUGCAGAGUGUGCUGGAGCAGUGCGCUCGCACGCCUGCGAUCCCACGGAGCGAGUCGUUGUUCAUAGGACGCACCAUGUACAAUGUCAUGCUAUAUGAACAAAACACGGGACAUCGCUGGAACGUUACCUUCUAUGACUACACCACCACCAGUGACUGGCAGGAGGAGGAUUAUGGCCUGGUACACUACGCAGGAGCUGGCAGCUCCACACUCAUGACUCUGGACAAGGCCACAGAGAGCCUCAUGUGGACAGCCGACCUGGACUCGCCAAUUGUAGCUCUUUUCACCAUCACCUCUGAUGGCAACUUGAUGUCAGUUCCAAUGACUGUAGUGGCGUUCCCGACGCUGCAACGCUACAUACGAGAGAUAUUGCGUCGUGGCAGCUUCCUGCUUACCACCCAGUCCCACCAACCCAUCCAGCAGCUCAGCCCAAGCAUAUACCUCGGAGAGAGCAGUCUCGGCAGCACGUAUGUCAUGCCUUCGCUGGUAGACGAUCAGAUGGCAACCAUCAAACGUCGGCCAAAUCCACGUUUACUUUUGGAUGGUCCUGAUGCAUCCAAGUCUCCAGACUCUGAUCAUGAGAAGCAGCAAGCACCGCCAGCUUCUCCUACAAAAUUCGAUUUUGACCGCAGCAGUGAAGAAUAUGCAAGCUCUUCAGCCAACCCAUUCAGCCGCUCAAGUUCUAAUGCUCAUUCAGAGGCUGCAAAUUCAGAUGAAGUUCAUGAAAGCAAACCGAAGAUUCCUGAGAUGUUUGACGACGACUUCCCUGUAGCCAGCCAAUCCUAUAGGAUAGAGGACGGGCUGUUUGCUCACUGUAAAAUUGAUGAGUUUAAUAACCCUGAGGAUGUGGUUGUAUUGGGCCACUACACUGUACCAGACCAGCUUCCUGAAGACAUGUUCCCCUCUCCCUCGGACCACGUACCUCUGGGUAUCACUUACCUAAGAGAAACUGAAGGCUCUGUAUACACGGGUGAUGAUACCGACUAUAUCGACUCUGACGAGGACUACAUCGAUGCUGAUGGCGGAGGCCAGCAUCAGAACAAGAAGCGUCCAGCAGAGACGUCUUCUGACAAGAAGCCUUUAGUACAGGACGACAGAACCUCCCAUGAGUCUUCACGUAAGGAGGGAGCAAGGGAACCUGCGACGCGGCAAGACAUGCCUGUACGCCCCUACACGGCGCUCACUGAAGGCGUCAUCGUGUUUACCGGCCUGUUUGUGGUGGCGGGACUCAUCUACUGCAUCUACUUACUGCAUCACACUCAAAACGGAGGCAAAUCUCAGGCAGCGAGCGCCCGCAGCGGGGGCGGCAGUCGGGGGUCGCAGGGCGUGGGGGGCGCGGGGGGCGAGGGCGAGGUCACGGCACAGCUGGAGCAGCUCGAGGACGGCAGCAUGAGGGUCGGCAAGAUCUGCUACGAGCCUCACCUCCUCCUGGGCAAGGGCAGCGAGGGAACUGUCGUCUACAGAGGGACGUUCGAGGGUCGCGUGGCGGCGGUGAAGCGUGUGUUGCCGAACAGCUACCGCAUAGCGGCGCGGGAGGUACAGCUCCUGCGCUCCAGCGACCACCAUCCUAACGUCAUCCGCUACCUCUGCACUGAACAGUGUCGGGAGUUCCGGUACAUCGCACUGGAGCUGUGCGACGCCACGCUGGAGCAUUACGUGGAGCAGACGCUGGAUGGCCUGCCUCCCGACCCUGCCACGGACAAGCUGGUGCUGCAGCAGGCCACGCGUGGUCUGGCUCACCUGCACAGUCUUAAUAUCGUUCACCGCGACAUCAAGCCGAGCAACGUGCUGCUGCAGCUCCCACGGUCAGGAGCGGGGGCGUGGCGGGACGCGAGCACCUCGGAGGUGACGGGUCUGCGGGUCCUGAUCUCCGACUUCGGGUUGUGCAAGCAGCUCGAGGCGGGCCACGGCUCCUUCACCAAACACUCCGGCGUUACCGGGACCGAUGGCUGGAUCGCUCCUGAGAUGAUCAGGCUCGAUCUAGAGGAUCAGAGGCCGACACGGGCUGUGGACGUGUUCUCGCUGGGGUGCCUGUACUACUACGUGGUGACGGGAGGCCAGCAUCCCUACGGCCCCUGCAUCACACGUCAGGGCAACAUUGCUGCCGGCCUCAACGAUUUGUCAGGCACGAGCGACGCGUGCCUCACUGACCUGCUGGGGGCCAUGCUCAGCAAGCGACCACAGGCGCGACCUCCUGCCAGGGCGGUGCUUAAACACCCCUUCUUCUGGGACAGCGCCACCACCCUCAACUUCCUGGUGGACGUAAGUGAUCGCGUGGACAAGUUCCCCAAUGACGCGGCCAGUUGCCUGCUGGAGCAGAACAGCGAGAGCGUGGCAGGCCAGUGGGUGUCUAAGAUGCAUCCUGAGGUGUACAAGGACCUUAGGAUACACCGCGACUACCGGGACAGCUCUGUUCGGGACCUCCUCAGAGCUAUACGUAAUAAGCGUACACACUACCAGGAGCUGCACCCGACGGUGCAGGCAGUGAUGGGGGCGGUGCCCGUGGAGUUCUUGCACUACUGGACGUCGCGGUUCCCCUUGCUGGUGCACCACACGUGGCGGGCCAUGCAUUGCUGCCGCCACGACCACGCCUUCGCCAAGUACUACCCCAGCAAGCACGUCUUCCAUGACCUCUCCGCGCCUGACUUGGUAUCAGAUUCUGAGCUCGAGGGGUCGUCGGAGGCACACGCUGACUUCACCGUAGGCUCGCGACCCAGGCCUACAGGGAUCAGCCAAGGCCUAAACAGGGAAUAUUCUACGUCGCGUCUUGGUUCCAAGUCCUUCCGUACGUACAACCAGAAGAAGGCUAAGCAGCAAUACCAGCAGCAAAUGCGCAUUGCUGAUCCAUAUCAGUCAGCCUUCAAUAAAGCAAUCGACAGUUCCUGGAGAAAUCCAUCCUCAGCUUCUGCAUCCACUGAGACGCCUUCUGCAGGUUCAGCUAACGCUCCCUGGGUGCUGCGGCGCAAGCGAGCUUCCGUUGCUAGCUCGCCUUCCGACGCGAACACGCCUCCUCCUAAUCGUGAAGUAGUGCCUGGUUCUCUUCUCAACCAAGCACCUCAACAAUUUCCUCACUCGAAAAAUCAACACAACGAUUCCUUCUUGCCUGAUGUGGAUGAAGAUACAAUCGACGAUAGCAAUUCAGGCGAGAGUUAUGAGGAUGAAAGUGCUGAUCGAGGUUAUUUAUCCAAUGACAUGCAAAGAAACGGUACAGAAAAAGGCGAGUUAAAUUUUAUCCCAAGAAGACCAUCUUUCCGCGACUCUCUCAGCCCAAGUGGCGAUGACUGCAAUCCUUGUCUGGGGAACAGCCAACAGUUUUCUCCUAGUAGCUACAACUCGGCUUUAGAAGUAACCACAUCUACCAGAGAUCCCUCUUCUAACCCAAGUUCAGAAUAUCCAAGCUCACCUUCUGCCCUAAAUUCAGUUUCAGAUACUGGACAACCUGACAGAGUCUUGUGUUCGGAUAACCAAAGUCGUCUGCAGCAGGAAGAUUCUUUUUUGACGUCUGCCGAACCUGACUUUGAGACUUGGUCAACGGCCGUGGCAACCGAAUCCUGGAGCUCUGUCCCAUCUAACGAACCUGGUAUAGUAAAUGAAGAGCGUACAAACGUGCAGGAACACAACAUUCCCUCUACAGUUGAGCCUUCUCAUGACAUUAGUGCUGAUGGAUGUUUCAAUGAGAAACCUGAUGUUGCACAAUCGAAUUCUCCUACAAACGAGCCUAGUAUUUCUAAUUCAUCUGGUGUUUCGCUCCCACCAAAUCGUAGAGUUCGUAACAGAAAAAAUAAAAACAGGUAAAACAACCCGCGGAGAAAUUGAUUAUGUUAUGAUAAUUUUUUACUAUUAUAACAUCAGUGUUCGUGAUUUGUUAAACGAUCAUGUGUUCGUACAAGGAACGUAAGUGCGGGUCGGCAUCCAACUGGUGCUCGGUAUUUAUAAACAAAUCCAGGAUUGUUUGCCUUGAUAGUCGUCCCGCUGAAUUAAUUCAUCAGCUGAACCUUGUAACUAUCGGUUCGUCAACCGCCAUACCUGUCAGGAGGCCUGGUGACGAAAGUUUUGCUCUCAGUGGACAGUGCGGUGAACUAACGCAAUUAAAUGCUAAGCGCUCAAGCUUUUUAAUUUAAUGACUGAAUAUUGUUAUUUCUUUCCUUCUGACUAGAUCUGAACUUCUUGUACUCCAUUAAUUUUCAAGUAAAGACGAAUUUGAAACUUCUUUAUUAACAAUAAUCUAUUGAGUUUUGGUUUAAGUUACGGACCACAUUUUUUUACGAAACGUACUCGGGCAAAUCAUAUGAUUCUCAUAGAUUGACAAAUAUUUACGAUCGAAAAGCCUUUAAUUUUACUGUUCUUUCACAAGUUAUUUUAGGUAUUCACAGACUCUUCACUGUCAUUUAGAAUUUUUUUACCACUUUUUACAAUAAAU